GAAACUAUCAAACAAUGAUGCAACCUGAUCUUUUUCAGCACUCAUGGCCGUUCUACAAUGUCAUGGAUUCCACUUUUGAUCAGGGUGUACACCAUGACCUCAACAUGGAUGGCCCUUUUGAUGGCUGUGAGUUCUCUUCAGUACUAUUCACCACAACAGAGGAUUCCUCUGAAUUUUCUUCACUCCCUUUUCUUCAACUUUGUUCCCUAAUAACUUUGUCCAAUAUCCAUUUUGUAAUGAUUCCCAACAAGUCAUGUUAGAUGAAAGACAUCUUGAUGGUGUGUGGGGAAGUAGAGUCUAUUUUGAAUGAUGAUGCUGAGAUUGAAUGUAUGAAUGGGUUGUUAGGAGAAAGUGAGGGAAGUUUCAGUCUGCAACAAUUUUCCCCAGGAGAAGACUUUUUGUGUCCUAGCCCAUCAACAAAAUCUGAGUCAUCGCUUGAUGUAUCAUCUAUUCAACCAUUACUAACCUUUCCAAGAGAGGAUAUGGAAGUCAAUAACCUUCUGAGCAUUUACCAUUUACUCAAGGCUUAUGGAGAAGCCUUGGAAAAGGAUCAAAGAGAGCUUGCACAGGUGAUUCUCAGAUGCAUCAGUGAGAAAGUUAGCCCAGUUGGCAAAAACUUGGAGCGUGUUGCAUUCUACUUAUCCCAAGAAAUUGACAAUCAGGGUGACUAUCUUAAACAAGAGUCCUACAAGAAUUUUGAGGUUGCGUUCCAAGCAUUCUACCAAAGCUUCCCACAAGGGAGGUUUGCUCACUUUGCAGCAAAUUCUGCAAUUCUUGAAGCCAUGCCAAAUGAUUCAGAGACUAUACACAUAGUGGACUUUGACAUGGGAGAAGGGAUUCAGUGGCCUCCAAUGAUUGAGGAGAUUGCACGCCAACAAAAAGCAUUAAGGUUGACAUCGAUUAAAUGGGAAGAUGAGGAUGGUGAUCCUUGGAGGUUUGAGGAAACCAAAAGGCAGCUCUGUAACCAAGCCAGAGCUCUUGGUCUAAAGUUGAAAGUGCAGGAGAUGAGAAUUGAGGAUUUGGUGAGUGAGACAAAGAAAAUGAAGAAAAGGAGUGGAAGAAGAGAAUGGUUGGUUUUUAAUUGCAUGGUGGGGCUUCCACAUAUGGCAAGGAGUAGAAGCAGAAGGCUUGUGAUGGAAUUUCUAAGGGUGGCUAAGGAAUCGAUAGUUGGGCUUGCCAAUUGCAGUACUAGUAACAGUGGUAUUAUAACCUUUGGUAAUGGUGUUGCUUGUGAAAAACUAAAACAUUGCUCUAGUUUUGGGCCAUUUUUUUAUGGAUGUUUGGAGCAUUACCAAGCCAUGUUAGAAUCAUUGGAAGUGAAUUUCUCACUUCAUGAUCUUCCAGAAGCAAGAAUAGCUAUGGAGUGUCUCUUUGUGGCACCUUAUAUCUCAUCUCUAUCUUGGCUCCAAAUGUGGAAGGAGAUAAGGGAAGGCUGCCAUCUCAAUGAAGGGUUUGGGUUGCUAGGUAGGAGAUUGAGCAAAGAGAUACUAGAAGAAGCAAAAGAACUGGUGAAAGGGGAAAAUUCCUAUAGAGUAAGUAUUCAAGGACGGGUUGGGAAUGAGAUGAUCUUGGAAUGGAAAGGAACUACAAUGGUUAAAGUUUCAAUUUGGACAAACUAAAUCUAGGAGGGUGUAAAGUCAUUUUCUUGUUUCAGUAUAAAUGUAGAAUAUGCAAAAAUUUACUAUCAUUUGUUUUGUACACUAACUGCCAAUCCUAGUUAUCCAGCCAUGUUUUCCUACAUCUUAA